CCUAACACGUUACCCUUUGUAUAUCUAUUAUCUAUGGACAUAACCUAACACCAAGUCCAAUUAUUAACUGUAAGAUAACUUUGGAACCUUUUAGGUUUGUGAAAACCGUGAGUUUUUGAGUAUUCUAGCAAACAAACAAAUUCGAAACAUAGUGCGAAAUAACUUACACGUUGAGAAUUUAGUACCGUACACAUUUUAUUUUAAAAUAUGGACGUAAACGACGAAAAGCCUCGUAUUAUUCUAGAAGAAUACAAAGUAACUCAGAAUCUGCCUUCUGAAACAACAGUUCUUGACGAAACAUUUGAUAUUAGAAAGUUCAAAAAGAAGUUCAGAAUUGUUAUAGUUAGAUAUGAAAAGUAUGAAAUGGAGUUUGAUUUCAUUGGGGUGCAUCCAUUUUUAGCAAACACUUUUCGCAGAUUAAUGUUGAGUGAAGUCCCUAGUAUGGCAGUAGAAAAAGUUUUCAUUUAUAAUAACACAUCUAUAAUACAAGAUGAAAUUUUAAGUCAUAGACUAGGCCUUGUUCCAUUGAAAGCCAAUCCUCGACUUUUUGAAUAUAGAUCUGAAGAAGCCAAAGAAGGUAGUGAACAGGAUACAUUAGAAUUUGAAUUAAAAGUAAAAUGUACUUGGAAUAAAGAAGGAAAUAAAGAAUCUGCAAGAGCAGAUGAUAUUUACAAAAAUAAUAACGUAUAUUCGAAGCAUUUUACAUGGUUACCAAUUAAAAAUCAAGCAGAGAUGUUUAAAGCUGAAGAAGUUGGUCCUAUUCAUGAUGACAUUCUAUUAGCAAAAAUGCGUCCUGGGCAUGAGCUAGAUUUGAAAUUACUUGCAGUAAAAGGAAUUGGAAAAGAUCAUGCUAAAUUUUCACCUGUAGCAACUGCUUUUUAUCGUCUUUUGCCUGAUAUAAAAAUUAUAAGGGAAGUAGAAGGAGAAGCUGCUGAAAGACUACAAAAAUGCUUUUCUCCUGGUGUUAUUUCCCUAAGACACAGCAAAGACGGACGUAAAGUAGCAGUAGUCAAUAAUUCCCGAUAUGAUACUAGCAGUAGAAAUGUUUAUAGAUAUGAAGACCUUAAAGAUGCUGUUAUAAUGAGUAAAAUUCAAGACCAUAUUAUUUUUACAAUUGAAUCAGUUGGGGCAAUGACAGCGGACGUAAUUUUUACUGAAGCAGUUAAAAUAUUAAAAAAUAAAUGCUUAAGCCUUUUAGAUGAGUUAAGUCAAUCAUGAAGUAUGUUUAAUAACAGCUAUUAUUUUGUUAACUGUACUGGUAAUAUACAUUAAUUACAUUUUA